AUGACGUCCACACGGCACUUCGACCUCGUCCUCCUCGGCGCGACGGGAUAUACUGGGCGCCUGUGCGCUGAACACAUCGUAAAGCAUCUUCCCACAAACUUGAAAUGGGGAAUUGCGGGACGAUCUGCAGAAAAACUUACUGCACUCGCAACCGAAUUGCGUGAACUGAACGCUGAGCGCAAAGAACCCGAGAUUGUGCCUGUGCAACUUCAGGCUGAGGAAUUAAAUCCCCUUGCCGAGAGGACUCGCGUGCUUAUCAAUUGCGUCGGACCAUAUCAUCUGCACUCGACACCUGUCGUGGAGGCAUGUGCGAAUAAUGGCACUCAUUACCUCGAUGUGACGGGAGAGAUAACAUGGGUUAAAGAGAUGAUCGAGAAAUAUCAUGAGAAAGCUAAAGAGACAGGGGCAAUAAUGAUAUUCUCCGAUGGAUUUGAUUGUGUCCCGGCAGAUUUGUUGACCUGGGCACUCGCCAAGUAUAUCAAGGAUGAGUUCUCCGUCCAAACUAAGGAGGUCAUUUGCUCGAUUCAUGAACUCAAAGCAGCAGGAGCUAGUGGUGGAACCCUCACAACUCUCUUGGGCGUAAUUGAGAGCGUACCACUGAAGGAACUGCUCAAGGCACAGAGUCCAUAUUACAUAUCGACCAGCCCAUCGAAGACAGUCCCUUCACCCUCUCUCCUCCAACAACUUCUUGGUGUCCGCACUGUCCCUGAACUGGGCACAAUGACCUUAUCCGUUACAAGCCAUUGCGACGUCGCCAUCGUCCAGCGCAGCAGGUCUCUAAUGCCGGACCUCUACAGUCCCUAUUUCCAAUUCCAAUCCCUCCUAGGCGUCCACAACGUCCUGGUUGGCGUCGCCUUGCAUUUCACAUUUAUGUUUAGCUUGCUGGCCCUUACAUUAUCCCCUGUGCGCUGGCUGGUGCGCAAGCUCAUCUAUCAACCGGGCCAGGGCCCGUCGAAGCAAAGCACGCAGGACAAUCGGGUUGAGUUUCGCGCUCUUGCAACUGCGGAACACAAGACCCCCGAGGGAAGGCCGAUUAAAGUUCUUGGGGCGUUCAAGGCACCUGGAGACCCGUAUUGGUUGACUGGCGUGUUGCUUGCGGAGUCGGCAAUGAUUUUGCUAAAGAGUAAGAAUGUUGGAAACGAGUUUGAGGGUGGGUGUUUGACGCCUGCGAUAUUGGGGCAGGAGUAUGUUGAUCACUUGGAGAAGGCUGGGAUAACGAUUGAGACGAAGGUUUUAGACUGCUAG